CGUGUGCACUAGAGGGGUGUAGAAGUGCUUGCGUGCGCUAUAGGGUCGCAAUUUAAAGGGAGGGGCUGCUCGAAAAUGGCUGAUACGCACAGGGUAGGAUAUCCGGAAGAGAGAAAGUGACGGUUCCUGUCUUCCAUACUGACCAAUUGAGAUUCUUUUAUGACGUUUGAUGCAAAUAUAGUUAAUUAAUAAUUAUUAUGAGGCGUUUACGAAACAAUCUUCGUGUACUUCUAAAACCUCCACCAAAAACGGAUACAGAUCUUCCUCCUGAAAGAUUAGAACCUUCUUUUAAUAAUAUGAAUCAAAGAAAUUAAGAAAGCAAAUACACGGAGAAAAAAAAAACACUAGAGGAAGAUGUCUGGGUCCGCUUUAAGAAUUGCAUUUUUCCUUUUCUUGGGAUUUUCAACAAGUUUGUUAAUAUUUAAUAAAGCAGAUGCUACUAAGUCUAUCAGAGCUGUAAAAGCUAGAUUGAAAACAUCUUAUUCAUCAUGGCGUAUACUGGUAUGUCUAACUCAACCACAAACUCUAUAUAAGAUGGACUUUCAAAGAUCAUGGGAAGAAGCCAGAUUAGAAUCAUCAUCUCAGACAGACAUGGAAGUAUCUUAUAUUGAAGCCAGAAUGACGCCACUGACAGAUUCUUUAUCAUAUUCUUUAUCAUUAUUAAAUAAGUUUUGCACAGACAUCGAAGGUGGGAAAACAGUAUUGAGUCUUAUAAUAGGUGGAGGUUCAGCAGCUAGAUUCCUUGUUACAGCUGCUACUGCCUUGAAUCUUCCAGCUUUAUGGUUACCAUUUGCUCAUCGUGAUUUUCUUCGUCAGGGUAAUUAUGGUUCUUUUGAAAGUCGUAUAGGUUCUAGUUCUAAAGAAGUUGGUGCAGCAGCUGCUGCAUUAAUGCACAGAGCUAAUUGGCAUGCAUUUACACUAUUGAUUGAUACAACUUUGCUUCCUGUAUCUCAUCUUCUUCAAACAAAUCAACCAGUAUUAACACCUAGAGUAAUCAUUCAUCUUCCAACGAAUGACAAAACUUUGAUAAUGAGAUUAAGAAGAGUAGCUGCUGAAGGGGGUACUGGUGGAAUCGUAGUGAUGGGUUGUGAUUUAAACAAUGCAAGAAGAAUACUUACAGUGGCUAGUAAAUUUGAAAUGCUUUCAGGAAGAUUUUUGUGGCUCUGGUUAGAUCUUAGAGCGGAAUUAAGACCUAAUGAACCAAAUAUAAUUAGUUCACAUAUCGUUCAUGGUUCAAGAGCAUCAAUUGCAACGAAUGGAAAUUCUUCUCCAUUAGAGAACUUAGAGCGCAAUGUAAAUCUUAUACCAGAAAAUCAGUUACCUUUAAAUUCUUUACCAAGCUUAACAAAUGAUAUACAUAGAUUGCAAGAAUAUAAAUGGCAAAAUGAGAGGACCAUAACUAAACGGGAAGAAAAAACAUUUAAUUUUGAUGAUGAAGAAGUUAGAAUAAUGGAUAAGGAAUUAAAUUCUAAAAGUUUCAUGCCAGUUGGAAUGCUUGCCUUAAGACCUUCCAGUAUAAGAAUAAUGAGUGGUGAUACCAUAUUAUCUAGAAUAUUAAGAGAAACAUCACAGGCAUUGGAUGAAACACUCUCAGAAACAAAAACAAAGAUGAAUCGUCUUAGAGAAUCUCAAUUAAAAGAACAUUUUAUCCCAGAAUGUUUUCCACAUCCAAAUGCUAAAUUUUUAACAAGUGAAGUGAGAGAAAAUUUUUCUAGAAUAUUAACACAUAAAUUAAGAAAGUCAAUGGGUCAAAUCUCUAAAGAUAAGGCAGAAUUUCAGUUAUUAAAUUUGCAAGCAGUGAGAUUUCCUGGAAAUAAGACUCAAUUAAGAUGGACCAAAGUGGGUACUAUCAAAGGAGGAAAGGAAGUUCGUCUUGAUACAAUAAUUUGGCCAGGUGGUGGUAUUGUUCCAGCCUAUCUUGAACAAGGAGGAGAAAGUAUUGGAAUGCCAGUGUAUCGCAUAGUAACUGCACUAGCAUCGCCAUUUACGAUGGCUACGAAGUUACAAGAAGGACUUUGUUUAAGAGGAUUAAUUUGUCGUCAUGGAAAUACCAUUAUGUGUUGUUAUGGAUUAAGCAUAGAUUUGAUGUCCUUAGUCGCACGUGAAUUGGGAUUUCGUUUUGAUUUAUAUGUUGCUCAAGAUGGCUUAUUUGGAAAAAGGAAUGGCAGAAGUGGUACAUGGAAUGGUAUAAUGGGAGAAUUAGUUUCUGGACGUGCACAAUUGGCUUUUGCAGCAAUGAGUGUAUCUGCUCAUAGAGCAGAAGCAGUAGAUUUUACUACACCAUAUUUUUUUAGUGGAGUUAGUUUCCUUACAGCCCCAAAAUUAAAAUCAGAGAUACCUUUAUUCGCAUUCCUUUUUCCAUUUAGUACAGAAUUAUGGAUUGCCGUAUUCACUUCACUGAACUUUACUGCAAUAGCAGUAGCAAUCUAUGAGUGGUUAAGUCCAUUUGGUCUUAAUCCAUGGGGUAGACAACGAAGUAAAAAUUUUUCAAUAGCUUCUGCUCUUUGGGUAAUGUGGGGACUUUUAUGUGGUCAUCUGGUAGCUUUCAAAGCUCCAAAAUCGUGGCCUAAUAAGUUUUUGAUCAAUAUUUGGGGAGGAUUUUCUGUCAUCUUUGUAGCUUCAUACACAGCUAAUAUAGCUGCUCUUAUCGCAGGCCUUUUCUUUCAUUCUGCGGUCAGCAAUUAUCAUGAUAAAAGUUUAUUAUCACAGAGAGUAGGUGCACCAAGAGCAUCUGCGGCUGAAUAUUAUGUACAAAGAGCAAAUCCUCAAUUAUGGUCACAUAUGGCGCGUUAUUCAUUAUCAGAUGUUGCUGAAGGUGUUGAAAAAUUAAGGAAUGAUAGUUUAGAUAUACUCAUUGCAGACACACCUAUUUUGGAUUAUUAUCGUGCAACUGAUGAUGGUUGCCGUUUGCAAAAAAUUGGUGACACUAUUAAUGAAGAUACAUAUGCUGUUGCUCUUACAAAGGGCCAUCCUCUUAAGGAGAGCAUUUCGAAAGUUAUAGCAAAUUAUACUAGCAAUGGAUUAUUAGAUAUUUUACAAGAAAAAUGGUACGGUGGAUUACCUUGCAUUCACGGUCGGGAAGGUAUGGAUACAGGCCUAGAACCUGAACAAGGUGGCCAGCCUCGACCAUUAGGCGUGGCUUCUGUAGCUGGUGUAUUUUGUCUUCUGGGGAUGGGUGUUGUAUUAGGAGCUAUUAUUCUUGCUGGAGAACAUCUAUUCUAUAAAUAUACAUUACCAAGGCUAAGGCAUAGAUCAGAAGAUUCUAUUUGGCGUAGUCGUAACGUAAUGUUCUUUUCGCAAAAACUGUACAGAUUUAUUAAUUGUGUAGAGUUGGUUUCCCCACAUCAUGCUGCAAGAGAAUUAGUACAUACUGUUAGACAAGGACAAAUUGCUUCUCUUUUUCAAAAAAGUGUGAAACGAAAGGAACACGAACAACGUAGACGGCGUAAAAGUAAGGCUCAGUUCUUUGAAAUGAUACAAGAGAUACGAAGAGUACAACAAGAAGAAAAAAUAGAAAUUGUACACGAAGAACCAGAAACAGUAAAAGUAGUGAAAGAAGAAAAAGUAAUAAAAGGAAAAGAAAGAAGUAGAAGUAAAAGUCCUUUGAUGCGUAGUCCUAGGAGAUCAGAAAAAAGUAAAAGUUCUACCAAUUUGUAUAGUUCUCAGCUUGGGUUAUCUCCUGUCAAUCUCGAAACGAUGAUGAAACCAAGAGAAUUUACUCUCAGUAGUACUAAUCUCAGAGCUAGAAGUCCAUUGGAAACCGUAGGUCGUAGAUUGAGCCAUGGUGACGGUGGUUCUCCACCACCACACCUUGGAUCUCAUUUUGGUGGUAGUGCAACAUUAAGACCCUUGAUGUCAACAAAAAGUGACUCAGCCAGUGGUGGUACUUCUUCUAUGAAAGGUGAAUCUGCAGGUGGAAUACCAACGCCCAAGUAUUCUCGAAGUCCAGCAAAACGGGGUCAAUCUUUUCCAGUAUUUGCUACUCUGAGACCACCGCAUUCAUCUAGUCAUCAUACCUCGAAAGGUGCUGCACUGUUAUCACCAAAUAGCGAAUUAACAUCUGCUAUAGGACGUAAAUUAUCUCGUGAAUGGGGUUCUGGAACUAUGGAUGUAACAAGAUCGUCAGAAGCUAUAAGUGGUGGUUCAACAUACACAUUAAAUCAGGAAACAACGCUAUCCAUUGAAUGUCCAGAAGAUGAUAAUAAAGGUCAGGAAGAAGUUUUACCUAUUAAGAAACCUAUACGCCGCGCUAGAAGUCAUGAAAAUCGAGAUAGUGGCAAAUUAAUGGUAGAUUUGCCAUCACCAAGAUUAAUUGCUCAACCUAUAGUGGGUGGUCGAUCGGUAAGCGAACGAACCAAAAAACAACUUGAAUCAGAACUGAAAGCGAUUUUAAGUGCCAGAGCUCAUCACCGCGAUUUACAUCCUCCUUGAUAGAUUGAAAUUUAAUGGUAAGAGAUUUUGAAAGCACCAAGCUUUGAAGAUCGUUGCCUCUGAGGGGCAUUGAUUGAUUUAAGCAAUAUCAGAUUUAUAGGUCAAUUUAUAGAAGAAUCUGCCAGUUUACAGGAGGACUAAAAAGUAGGCCGUGUCAGGAGUCGCAUAACAAAGCAAAAUUUGCAAACAAAGAAAUUUCUUUGUUUGUCUAUACCUUGUUAUGUAUAUUGAUAAUAUGAUAUAACUGAUAAAAAGUGCUAUAAACUUGAGUAGAAACGUCUUAAUAAGUAGUAUGUACACAAACAUUACAAUAUUUUCUUGUUGGCAUUUUAACUCUACAUUAACCGUCACCCUGGUUGAGUCUCUCUUUUAAUUGCAAUGGUAUUGGAUAUUGUGCUUUACAGUAUUUCUCAACUAAUAUUCCAUGUGCAGUGGCAAUAUAAAGAAAAACAAAAUUUCAUUCAAUAGUAAUAUAGUAAUCAUAAUUCCAAUAAUAUUAAUAAUAAAUAAUAUAUGAUGAUAAAAAUUAUAUGGUUUUAAUGCAGCAUGUUUAAUCUUAGAAUAAAAUCCAAGUUGCAAAAGUUAUCCAAUAAUUUCAAUUUUAUUGGAAUAAUGUAAAAAUUUUUAGAUUAAUAAUAAACAUUUAUAGAAGUUGAGAAACACUGUCCCAUUGAAUUUUGCUGAAUUGGAUUGCAUACUGCCACCUUAAUAAUUCUUGUGAUUGAAGAAAGGAGAGACUCACUUAAUGGACUGCCGGCGUAGAAUGACCACUUACUAAAAUAUAUGAUCAAUCUUACAAUCAUUGCGCUUGUUGAUUAUAAAAAUCAAGGGCUAAUGAGACUUUAAUUAAUCAUACAAUCAUCACAUUGUUCAUAAAAAUUAAGUAUCUAAGAAAUCAUUACACCAAAGAUUUUAAAAUCAAGAAAUUUUCACUAGAACUUUACUCUAAUUUUGAGAAGGUAGCAAUGCAACCAACCAGUAGAUUAAUAUUAUAAAGAAAUAUUGUUAAGUGUUUGCUGCAACGAGUCAUAUACUUAUUAUAUAUGUUUUGAUGGAGUAUUAGAAGAAUAUGUAAUAUUUAUUUAAAAAGGAGAAGUUCUAUUGGUACAUGCAUCAUAACAAAUCUGAUAAUAAAAAUUAAAUAAGAUAUAAUUUAUAGUCAACUAGCACAGUGACUUUUUAAAGAAUUUACUCCAGGUCAAAAAAAAGAUAUAAAUCAAUAAUUUUUAAUAAUAUAAUGAUACACAUAUUCUAUAUUUUAAUUAAUCUUAGUUAAUCUUCUUGUUAUUCUUAGUUAAUAAUUUUUUUUAUUUCGUUUAUAUGUGUAGAUUCUGUUGUAAAUUAUUACUAAUAUGAUACAAUUUGAGAUAUUAUGCACUUAUAUAAAAUAUAAAUCUGAUAUUAAUUUAUUAUGAUGUAGAUUAGGAUAUAUAUGUAUUACAUAAUAUGAGGACCAAAAUACAUAUUUGCAAUAUAAACUGUGUUGUGUGAAAAUAUAUGUAUAUUAAAAAUUCUAUUUCAUACAAUUAUGUUAUAUAUAAUAAGACUUGUGUCUAAUAUAAUCUGUACUUAUUAUCUAUUGUAAAAAAGUAUCUGUGCUAUGACGAUUUUAAUUUUUGGCUAUUUUUUAAUGAAUAUGUAUCUAUUACUUUUAGUAUCACUGAUAUAUGUACCAAUAAGUUCUUCUCUACAGGAAUUGUACAUGAAAUGUAAUUGGAAUUGAGAAACUAUUACACACUAAUGUGUGAAUAUUAUCCUUAUGUAGAUAUCCUUUGAAUCAAAUAAAGGAGACAAAUUUGUUUGCUUCAAUAUUUUAACUUAUUGUUAGAUCUAUAGAGCGUAUGUACGAAAUUAUAUUACAAAAUUAAUUUUAAAAGAUUCAUAAGUGAGGCCUUAGGAGUAGUCGUAUCCGCCCAAUAUUUUACCUAAAUAAUAUAAAAUUUAAAUACUCCAUUACUAAGUAUAUGAAAAUAGAUAUUUAGUUUAAAAGUUCUCGAUUAGAUGUUAUAUUAGAACUAAUUAAAUUCUGGAAAAUUUUAAAUUGUAAGUUAUUACGAUUGUAUGAUGCACGAAUUUUAAUGAAUGGAUAAAAGAAAUGGCUGGUGUUAAACGAAAUUACACCUUAACUUUUAUCAUUAGAUAUUUGGUAGUAGUCGUGUAUAAUUGUUGUAUAUUUUUAUUUAAUUGCAUGUUAAUAAUACACGACUGGAAUGAAUGAAAGUAUGUUCUAAUUGAUCGCAUUAUUUAUUGUUCACAUAAUAUAUUCAUCUAAUAUCCUCUGGACAUUAUUAUAAUGUGUUUAUUUUGUUCAUAUUGUAAUUAAUAGUAAUGAAAUUUCUUUAUACUAAGAAAUGAUAAGAAACUUAAUUUUACAGAGCUUUCAAAAAUAGAAAUUUCAGAAAAAAUAUCUCUACUGACUAAAUUGAAUUACUUCACAUAUAUAAUGUUUAUAUAGUAUUUAACCCAAUUAUAAGCGAUCAAAAAUAUAUAGGGUGCCAAUUUUGAGCUACCCAAGCCUAAAAAAUCAAAGAUAGAUUUAUUAAUUUUAGCUAUAUUUGAUUUAUAAGAGGAUUCUUGACACAAUUUAGCGCGAUAUGCGAUUAAAUGUUCAUUUAUUUAUUUAUUCAUAAUAGAUAUUGUGUAUAACACAUAGUAUAUACAUACAUCUUUUACCGGCUAAUUAAAUAAACUCGCAAUCGCACUAAAUUUUAAAACGAAUUCUCCUUAUCUUUGUGCGCCAACAAGACAUUUUUGAUUUUGAAAAUAUUGCAGAGAUAAGAGUGACAGGUACCUAUUCAAUUGAUAUUUCUUAUAUCGAUAAAGCAUAGAAUUUAUAAUUAAUUGGCAGGAAUGCAGUUGAUAUAUAUGUAUAAUAUUCGAGGGUCGGCCUAUUUAAUGUACAAAAGUGAAAGUACGGUCUUACAAACAUACCCUACAGAAUCUUUUUUCUUUUUAUAGUAUUUGUGUAGUUUUGUAUCUGUUUUGUCUUUCCUGUUUAUAAUUUCAUGUUAUAUAAGGUGUUCUGUAAAAAAUAAAAAAAGAACGAGUACAAGUUAAACUUUAUCUAUUGUUGUAUUAUCUAUUAUUCGGGAAAUUCUAGAUAGGGUUAAUAAAUAGAAAUAAUAGAUAAAAUAUUAAGACAUCAGAAUGAAAAAGAAAAUUCAGUAAUUGUAGAGAAGAAAUAAAAAAAGAUAUAUCUAUUAACGCGGGCAUUAUCUCGACGCACGUGUACGCACAUAUGUAUGUAACAGUUGAAGAACUACGCCAGCAUGAGUAGGCGAUAUCGAGAAUGUUACAACUGUAUCUCUAAUAAUUGUGGUAUUAUAUCCAUUCACUCAUAAAUGGCAAUAAGAUUGUUAUAUUCUACGACGCACUGCCACAUUUUUAAGCAUGUUCAAAUUAUUUUUAAAAUCUUGCCAAAUGAUAAUUAGCAAUCAAUAUUGUGUAACGAAUGGAUGAUUUGUGUGUCAAAUAAUAAAGCGGGAAACACAUGUGAUUGUUAUAACUAAACGAAUGAAAAUUUUCAAUUUAAAAUUACGUUUUCACAAUAUCAUAACUACACUCGAAAUAUCACAUUCAAUAAAUUAGCAAAGUUCUUUUUUGGUUUUUUCUAUAUGAUUUAAUACAUUAUGAAUGUCAAAUCAAGUGUUUCCAAUUGAUAUAAUUGAUUACAACAUUGUAUUGUAACGUAAUACUUUUGCGUUUAAUAUUGUAAAUUUAAUUUUGCAGAUAAAAAUCUUAACAUUAUUUUCGAAUAUUAUUCGUAACAUUAUACUUAUUAAGUUAAAAAUAAUUUAUGAUAUCAAAUUCUUAAUCCGAUUCUUUUAAAAGUAAUGUUAUAAAAUUAAUUUAAACCUAAAUUAAUUUAACAUAGAUUUGCUGUACAAUGUAUCUGUCAUUUUGGAAAAUUUUACGAUUUUCGUCCACGUUUUAUUUGCGAUUUUAUGAAUUUUUAUUGAGAUAACAAAAUAUAUUUAAAUAUAUAUUUAAUAGUAAACUUCGAAUAUAAACGAUUAAAAAUAAAAGAAAAAAAAAUAAUAAAUCAAUUGAUAAUAUUAAAGAUACCUGCCAAUUUAUUAAAAAAAAAAAAAAACAACCGGCAAGAUACAUUGAACGGCAUGAAGUUCCUCUUAUCGACAUUUGACUUGUUGGCGUACUCUGUUAGAUUAAGUUCCGAGUAAAACCUACCUCGUCUCUCUUGUUACGCCUACUAUUAUAUUACUACUACCACUAAAAUACUAAUACUACUACUACUAACAUUACACUACUACUUAUUACAACGCUGUUAUUGUUGACGAGAACUCCAUAUUAUUAAAGAAUAAAUAUAUUGUCUGAAA